UAUUUCGAACAAAUCAUUAUAUUCUCGGCGGGAAAUUUAUCGACGUCUCUUCGUCUUCUCGCCGCCGUUAGGGUUUCUUCGUUUAUAAUCUCUUCGUUACCACUUUCCGUUUCUCAGAUUUUUUUUUCCCUGGGAUCAUCAUCAUGAAAAACUCGGUGAAACGAGAAGCGGAAUCAACCAGAGAUCGCAGCAGGAGAAGAGAAGCCGAUGAGUCGUCGGAGAGACCGAAGAUCGUGAAGAAGGAGAAACAGAGUAAGACCGUAAUUGCUUCAUUACGGCCUCAAGAACCGCCGAUUCAGGAAGAGGACGAACAAGAAAUUGCUGAUCGGAGAGCUAUAAGAUCUCAGUACCUCGCUCUUACCCACAAAAUUAAAGAUGCUCAAGAUGAUUUGACAAAAAUUGAUUCUGACAAGUUUAAGAGUAUCAUUAAUGAGGUUGAGAAUUUGCAUCAGAAAGUUCAGAAGCCUAGAGAGCAAAUUGUUGAUGCGGAAGCACUUUUGGACUUAACGAAUAGUGUGGUUUCAUCGGUGAAAUCGCAAUCUGCUCAUGGUGGUGUUUCUCCAGCUGAGUUUGUUAAUGCCUUGAUUAAUGGGUUUGGGAAAACUUCUUUAAGAAUUGAUGCUGAUGAAAAUACACAAGUGUCAAUGAAGUGGAAGGAUCUUGGGUUUACGGUCUGCUCUACGGUUAUGGUAUCAUGUGGUUGUACAACAAUGAUGGGUCCUAUGGAUAGUGAAUUGAAACAAAGGAAAAGGUCAGUGGGCAACAGAAAACGUACAAAGCCUGGUGCUGGUGUUAAGCCAGAGGAGGUUGAUGAUACAGAAGCUGAAAAGAAAACUGAUACAGACAAUAACAUGGCAGUAAUGUUUAACAUUUUGAGGAAAAACAAACGUGUCAAGAUUGAAAAUUUGGUGCUCAAUAGGAAAUCUUUUGCUCAGACAGUAGAGAAUGUGUUCGCACUAUCAUUCUUGGUGAAAGAUGGACGAGUUGAGAUAACUGUUGAUAACAAUGGUUCUCAUUUCGUUGAGCCAAGGAAUGCUCCUGCAGCAAACCUGGUGCUAUCAGGGGAGGUCGCUUACAACCAUUUCGUACUUAGAUUUGAUUACAAAGAUUGGGAGCCAAUGAGCACAAUGGUGGCAGUGGGAGAGGAGCUGAUGCCACACAGGGAAACCAAAGUCGCACAAGAUUCAAGAGAACUGUCGAGGAAACAAGGUUCGGUGAUUCAAGAGGAAAUGGUUGUCGAAGAUUCUUCUAACAUCGAAGGCGAUAAUGAAGAUAGUCAAAAUGGUGGAUUAUCCCGGAAAUACAAGAUCAGGAAGACUGAUCACUUGUGAAGAUGGUUCGUGAAUUGAAAAGUCUUUUUUUCCUUCCUUUUUCAAACUAAUCCUUUUGGGGUACAUAGCAACUUCUUGUUUUAUAACCUAUGGUUUUGAUUUGGUAGGAGGCAUGUUUUAUUAGGUAGACAGAUACUUAAUGGAUUGAUUCUGGUUAGGAUUGUUAUUUUGGUUGAUGGUAGGUUUUGGAAGUUACAGAGAUGCCUAUUGAGAGCAUAAUUUGAGCUAUCUUCCUCCUUAACGUUUGGCUUUAUUAUUGUUCUUUUAUUUUUUAGUAAAUUUCACUUUUGAUC